GGCCUUACUCACAAGGGCGAACAUGAGUGAAAGUAGAAGAUAAAAGAGAAAGAAGAGGGGGGAGAAAAGAAUUCAUAUCGGUCAUUUAGUAGUUGUCUACCAUCUUUCCUCCAUCUUGUAUGGUGAUCAAAGAUGUCACAAUCUAAUCCUGCAAGUCAAUUAGCACCCGAACGUCAACAAGGUUCAUUACGAUUAGCAUAUCGUAGAUCAGUCGUUGCAUUACAACAAGCAUUUGGAUGGAAAGAACAACCAAUCUUAGUAGAAGAAGAAGGUGCAGGAGAAAAUGAUCCACUUUUACAGAAUAACAAUGGAGAAGGAAGUAGUCAAGGUGUAAGACAACAAGGUGGUACAUAUGGAUCUGUGCUUGACCUUCCACCAGAUCAAAGAGUUCCUAAACCCAAAAAGAUUCGUGGUCCCGUUCGUGUGGAAGCAAAAGUUUGGUUUGCCAAUGAGCGUACAUGGAUCUCUUGGUUGCGUGUUUCACUUUUGAUCGGUUCUUUCAGUUUGGCGAUGUACAAUUCUGCUUCAUUCUUUAGCUCUCAUCCAAGCGAGCCAUUCCCACCCGGACAAGAACCUGGACCUGAUAUUCCACGAACAUCACCAAACGGUUCAACGAUUCGUACGUUUGCAAUCGUUUAUGCACUCAUCAGUGUUUUGACUUUAGGAUGGGGAUUGUUCAAUUAUCAUCGUAGACUAUAUCUAAUCAGAACAAAGUAUGCCGGUGAUUUUGAUGAUCUUAUCGGUCCUCCUCUCAUUUGUGCUGCUUUGUUCGUUGCUGUUUUGGUCAACUUUAUCGUUCGCGUUCAACAACAUAAUAUCGAAAUGGAUCAUGGCCAUUAAGGCUGCUGCUAUCUUUCACACAGAAUAUCUCAUGCUCCUUUUCUAUGUACACACAAAUCCCUUUCUUGCUCACAUAGCUGAAAUUUGUUCUUUGCAUGCUAAUAAUACAUUUUGUACAAGAUGA